AUGUUACUGAAGUUGGAAGUGAAGAUAUGGAUCUUGGUUACGAGCUACGUAAAGAAAAUAGGAUUUGCAACUAAGAUAAGGACGGAAACAUGUGACAAGAUCACAAAGGAAGCCAUUAACCAAGCUAUCCACUAUAAUCGGGACGGGUUUCGCGGGUCUCAUGUCAAAGCACCAACACAGAAGAACACGAUUUCAGCCGUCGGGUGCAAGGUAAGGAUAUAUGUGAAGUUUGAUAGAGAAAAACAAGAGUGGAUUUUCUUCAAGGUUGAGUUGAGGCACUCACACCCAUGUUCAGCGAAAAAGGCAGUACACUACCAUGAGUAUAGGGAGAUGACCGUGCAUGCAAAGUGCGUGAUUGAGGAUAAUGAUGAGGGAGAUGAUGAACUACUUCAUGUGAAUGAAGGACAUCAACCCAAACUUCUUUACGUGGUGAAUUUGGAUGAGGAGUGUAAGUUUAGGAGUGCAGUAUGGGUGGAUGCAAGGUGCAAGACAGCGUAUGAAUAUUACGGAGACGUGGUGUCUUUUGAUAGCACAUACAGUACAAACAGGCAUAGAUUACCGUUUGCGUCGUCCGUCGGUGUCAACCACCAUAAUAAGUCGACCUUGCUCGGCUGUGCUCUACUGGGGAAUGAAGAAACUCCAAUUAUGAAUGGGUUUUCACCCAAUGGGUGA